AUGGGAGCGCAGAACGGAAAACAGGUCCGGAAUUUCGAGAAUUUGAGCCAGAGCGACGCGCGUCGAGUUGAGGAGACUUUCAAAAAUCAUGGAGCACAAAAAGGGAAAUUGGAUUUGCAUCAUUUUCAGCGAGCGUUUCCGUCGCUCGGCGCGUUCUCCGAAUUGCUCUUCGAGCGCAUCUCCGAUGAGCACGAUCGAAUUCAUUGUGCCGAUCUGCUGCAAGUGUGCAAUGACGCCUACGGAAGCUAUGACGAGCAGGCGCAGAAUUUGAUCAAAGUUUUCGGCGACGAGUUCGCACAGAUUGCUCGACGCGUCGCCGACUUCUACUGCGCCGCCCAUCAUUUGGCGUCGUCGGAAUCGUCGAAACUCGCCGAACACUUUGAGCACACCAAUCGCUAUCCGCUGGAUCGUCUGGAUAAGUAUCUCGUCGCGGCGCCGCUGUUCGCGAAAUUGUCGAAAUGCGCGUUCUCGCGCAUUUUGGCCGUCGACGAGCCGCCGCGCAUUUUGCCGAAAUUGGCCGGCGAAACGCGUCUAAUGUCGAAAGCCGACCUAAUGGUCCUCAACGCGCAAAUGAUGAUGGACCAGCAAAAUCGUUGGCAAUUGCUAUUCGCAAGCGCUUUGAUGGGCUCAUCAUUCGCGCAAAUGGUCAAACGAAUUAAUCGCGAGGGUCCCUGCAUUGUAGUGAUCCAAUCGAAAUCGGACCACGUUUUUGGGUUCUACGCCUCCGACGGUUUCCAGUCGGGACCAUUGUAUCAUGGCAACGAGACAUGCUUCCUAUUUGAGCUCGAUCGCCAUAUACGAAUAUUCAAUAGCACCGGACGCGUCGACAAGUACGCGUAUCUCAAUUUUCAGCAGCAAAGUAUGCCCAACGGAAUGGGAAUCGGCGGCGCUGGCGACGUGUGGCCGUUGUUCAUCCGCGAGGACUACGGCACCGGCAUCUGUCAGAACGGUUCGGUGGCGUUCGACGCGUGUUUCGUCGCCAAAGAAAAAGAAUUUGCGAUCAAAAAUAUGGAAGUGUGGCGCAUCGGCGAGAAACCGGUAAUCAUCGGCGCCGAUGGCGAAGUUGUGAAAUCCGAAAAAUCCAUCAUCGACAAGGACCCGGAAGCUCGCGCGAUUCUUGAAAUGUCGGGCAAGAAAAUGCAUUCCGAGGCGUAUCGCGAACCGGCGCCGCUGCUUGACGAUGAAGACGAGUUCCAGAAAUAA